AUGGGCCUCCAUGGUUUCUUUCACAGUCAUGGGCCUAGCUUUAGCUCAGACCCUGAAAUGGACUCUUCAGCAAUUAAAGGCCUCAGUUCCCGCCACGGAACGGCGAGCGAAAAGCAGGACGGGAAUACGCCGGUAGGAAUACGCGGGCACGUAACGCGUCACUUCCGGUCCUGGGGCGCGCUGCCAGCGGGGAGACUUUGCACGCAUAUGGUUUUAUUUAAGCAGGCAAUGCAGAGCCCCUGGAGGCUGAGCUCACACAUGGCUUUCUUUGUAGCCCUGAGACGACACGUGAAAACGCGGACAAAGAAUAUGAUCACUGUCCUGGGGAUGUGUGAGUUUUCCUCCACAGACUUACAUGGUUUGGGCUCAUCUCUGUUCCCUUUGCAACACAGAAGAUUGGAGAAUUUGGUGGGCAUACUGAUACUGCCUAACUCAAUAUUAACAGAACUGGCUGUUAAAACUUGGUUGGACCCUAAUCAAGGCAUGCAGGGAACUCAGCAGGAUGGGCUGGAGAAGUGGGAGAGGAUGCCAGAACCAAGUGAGCAAGGGACUGAAGCAACUUUUUCUGAAUGUAUGAAAGAAAAGAAGACCAAAUAUACACAUGUAAAUACGUGGUAA